CUCUGUUGUUGCGAGCGGGGAGGUAGAGAGAGAAAGAUAAGAGAGAGAGAGGGGGGACAGAUCUCUGGUUCGCUCUUCUUUUCUUCGGGCCUGCAAUUUUCUCAUUCCGCGCUACUGGUUCGUACGCUUCUGGCUCUUCGUUCUGCCUCAUUCCUCCAUCGCGAUUCGUUCCUGAUUGUGGCUCUGUUUUCUGAUUUCUUCGCUUUCGUGGAUAAGUACGACGACUUCCUCUCUCUGUUGCAUCGUUUUGUCUCUGUUCUCUCGAUUUCGUUUCCGUUCGUUGGAAUUCGGUUCGAAUUAGGGUUCCGGUGAAUGUGAGAUUAGGGAGGGGUAGGAGGAGGUUCGUUCCUCUAGCUCGUUCGAAUUUGGAAAUGCGCGGUCGUUGAAUUUGGUUUGCGUGUUCGGCGAUUGAGUGGACUCUCUCUAUCGGUCUCUUUUUUUCUCUCGGCGGUUCCGCCGCGGCGGCGGACGAGGAGGAGGAGGGAUGAUAAUCAAGCGGAACUUGAAAUCGCGAAUGCCGAGUCUCAAGCGGUGUAAACUCGAGGAGUCGGGGUGCGACCCGGACGAUACCUCGGCUUCGUCGCGGAAGAAGAAGAGGAAGCUCGGAGACGGUUAUUGCCCGCUCAAUUUCCUCGGCCAGAUCGCCAACGGCGUGAUUCCCGUCGGAUUCCGUGGGAUUCUCGGCGGGGGUCACAGGGGAGGAGGUUUUGCUGCUUCGUGGUGCACCGAGGUGUCGUGCUCGCCGCCCGGCGAGGAGGAAUUGGAAUCGGACUCGCAAUUGGAGGUUCCGGAUGCCGUCGGAGGAAGUAGCCCGGCGGUGGCUGAGGUUUCCCGACCCCCGGUUGUCCGGACGUCCAGAGGCCGGGUUCAGGUACUCCCUUCCCGGUUUAACGAUUCUGUGAUUGAGAAUUGGAGGAAAGAGGAGAAGGCUAGUACUAGUUUGCAGGAUGAUAGCUUAGAAGACGAUAUCGUCCAGUGUGAUACCACUGCCAGUAGGAAGUUGAAAGAGAGAGUAAAGUUCAGCUCGAAAACUUCUCGAAUAGUUACUAGUAAUGCCAGAAAUCAGCGGAACUACGAAAGGGUCGCUAAUUUCCGUAGUAGUAAAGGAGGGGCUACACUAUUUGACGAAGAUGACAGGCUGGAAGUGGAGUACAAAAGCUUCGACCUGAAAAGGUAUUCCAAUUCGCGAAGUACACUAACGUCGUUGCAUGAGCAAUUACUGGAUGAUGACAAAUGUGGAAUCAACGCUGUAACUGGCAGCCCAGACAGGUAUAAGAAGAAAGACGGGUUGUUUGGGCCUGAAGACUUCUACUCCGGUGAUAUUGUCUGGGCAAAGGCGGGGACUAAGGACCCAUUUUGGCCGGGCAUUGUGAUUGACCCCAUGACUCAGGCACCGGAGCUGGUUCUGCGGUCUUGUAUACCUGACGCAGCUUGUCUGAUGUUUUUGGGUUAUUCUGGGGACGAUCAAAGGGAUUAUGCUUGGGUGAAGAGAGGCAUGAUCUUUCCAUUUAUGGAUUUUGUGGACAGGUUCCAGAAGCAGCCAUUGAAUGACUACAAAGCCAGCGAUUUCCAGAUGGCAAUCGAGGAAGCGUUCAUGGUAGAACAGGGAUUUUCAGAGAAGUUGAUGCAGGAAAUAAAUCUGAUAGCUGGAAAUACCACUUGUGAGGAACCGGCAUUUAGAUGGUUACAAGAGGCUAGCGGUUCAAACCAAUAUCAGGAUUCUCAAUCCCCAAACCAGGCAAGUAUUCUGCAUAUCCUUGUGAUGUUCAUGAAGAAGAACAAUAAGUGGUCUUGUGAAGGAUGUGGAAUAUAUCUGUCUCCUAGAUUGCCGAAGAAUACAAAAGCUGCAAGUCCAGGAGGCCAACUCUUAUGCAAAACCUGUGCCAGGUUAACCAAGUCAAAACAUUGCUGUGGAAUAUGUAAAAAGUUCUGGAACCAUUCAGAUAGUGGGAGCUGGGUGCGAUGCGAUGGGUGUAAGGUUUGGGUUCAUGCAGAAUGCGAUAAAAUUUCCAGAAAUCGAUUUAAGGACCUAGGGGCAACUGAUUAUUACUGUCCUCCUUGCCAAGCAAAGUUUAAUUUUGAAUUGUCUGAUUCAGAAAGAUGUGAGCCAAAAUCCAAGUCGAGUAUCGGGAAACAACCUCCACCUAACAAAGUUUCUGUAAUAUGUUCUGGUGUAGAAGGCAUAUAUUACCCAAGUUUCCACAUGGUUAUCUGCAAAUGUGGGACCUGUGGGACGGAGAAGCAACCGCUGAGUAAAUGGGAGAGGCACACGGGUUCGAAAAUUAGAAACUGGAGAACCAGCAUCAGGGUCAAAGAUUCCAUGCUGCCUUUAGAACAAUGGAUGAUGCAGUUAGCUGAGUAUCACGCGCGCACUGUAUCAACUAAACCUUCCAAAAAGCCUUCCAUUAAAGAGCGGAAGCAGAAACUGCUGGCCUUUCUGCAAGAGAAAUAUGAGCCUGUUCAUGCAAAGUGGACAACUGAACGUUGUGCUGUAUGUAGAUGGGUUGAAGAUUGGGACUACAACAAAAUUAUUAUCUGCAUCAGAUGUCAGAUAGCCGUUCAUCAGGAAUGUUAUGGAGCAAGACAUGUACAGGAUUUUACUUCAUGGGUUUGUAAAGCAUGUGAAACUCCUGAAAUUAAGCGGGAGUGCUGCCUUUGUCCUGUCAAAGGCGGUGCUCUGAAGCCAACCGAUGUCCAGACACUGUGGGUCCAUGUUACAUGUGCUUGGUUCCGACCUGAAGUUUCUUUUGCUAGUGAUGAAAAGAUGGAGCCUGCUCUUGGGAUUUUAUGUAUUCCUUCAAAUUCUUUUGUGAAGAUUUGUGUCAUUUGUAAGCAGAUACAUGGGUCAUGCACCCAAUGCUGCAAAUGUUCAACUUAUUACCAUGCUAUGUGUGCUUCACGGGCUGGUUAUCGCAUGGAGUUGCACUGCUCUGAGAAAAAUGGAAAACAAAUGACGAAGAUGAUUUCUUAUUGUGCAUAUCACAGGGCUCCAAACCCAGAUACAGUCUUGAUUAUACAGACUCCUGCAGGGGUAUUUUCUGCCAAAAGUCUUCUCCAAAAUAAGAAGAGGGCUGGCACACGGCUGAUCUCGUCUAGUAGUAUAAAACCCGAAGAAGUAUCCGCAGAAGAAAUGCCAGAGGUUGAAGCUGCAAGGUGCAGGGUUUUCCAAAGAGCAAAUAACAACAGAAAGCGAACACCAGAUGAAGCUGUAACUCACCGCCUGACAAGAGUAUCACAUCAUCCUUUAGCCAUGAUACAGAGUCUAAAUGCAUUAAGGGUGGUGGAGGAGCCCAAAAGUUUUUCUUCAUUUAGGGAACGACUGUACCACUUGCAGGCAAGUAUAAAAACUGAGCGCACUAGAGUCUGCUUUGGGAGAUCAGGUAUACAUGGAUGGGGCCUCUUUGCCCGGAGGAACAUUCAAGAAGGAGAAAUGGUUCUUGAAUAUCGAGGUGAACAGGUGAGAGGCAGUAUUGCAGAUCUGAGGGAAGCACGCUACCGUUUAGAAGGAAAAGACUGCUAUUUAUUUAAGAUAAGUGAAGAAGUCGUUGUGGAUGCAACCGAUAAAGGAAAUAUAGCACGACUCAUUAACCAUUCAUGUAUGCCCAAUUGCUAUGCAAGGAUCAUGAGUGUGGGUGAUGAUGAAAGUCGUAUAGUCCUCAUCGCGAAGACAAAUGUAUCUGCUGGUGACGAAUUAACGUAUGAUUACUUGUUCGACCCUGACGAGCCGGAUGAAUUCAAAGUCCCGUGCUUGUGUAAAUCCCCAAACUGCAGGAAGUUCAUGAAUUAGGGGUGGAUCAAACCAUACAAAGCUACUUCAGCAGAGCUCAACUGAUAUAUUGUUUCUCCGCAAGGAGCACACUAACACCACAAAUUGGCAGCUGCCGGACUCUGACGGAUGACAGGAUUUGUGAUUUUUGCCAGGAAAGGGGUAGUAUAGUAGUUUUUUUUCUUUUUUUUCCUUUUCAUCUUUUUGGUUUCUUGCUGGCUUCUUUUUGACGAGCGUGAUAAUAAGAGCUCUCUAUAGAUAGGUGUUUUGCUGCCACAUAUAGCUUUGGGCACUCUUUUGUAAAUCUAACUAACUGCUACGAUUGCAUCAUAUAGUUGAAAAGCUAACCCCAACUGCCACGUCCUACAUCGCCGAACCGAGCCUUUCAUUUUCCCGUGCGUUCAUAUUUCGUUCAUUCGAACUGCCCCGAAUUUCAUUUAGUUAUCCCAUUAC